AUGUAUAAAUGUAAAAACUGUCAACCCUCUUUCCGUCAAACCUGUUGCUUUUUUAAAAGCACAGAUAUAUCUCAAAAUGAAUUAAAAUGUUUAGAUUAACUAACACAACAAUUUAGUCAUAUUUUCUCUGAUAAAACAUUGAAACUGACAAGAAGACGAAGACCCCCGUGUAAUUUACAUAUAUCACCGCGAGGGGGCGCAGGCCAUAUUUCAUCCGCGCGCUCUCUCUCCUCCAGCAGAGCCCUUGCCAACCGCCCCCUCUCUCCCUCUCCACGCUCCUUUCGCGACGCUGAGCCACAAAGCGGACUGUCGGCGCACGGCAGUGGCACCUCGCCGCUUCAGGGUGAAGAUGUUCGGCAGUCUGUGCGCCCGUAAGCUGGCUCGCCGAUCGCGGUCCGCGUUAAUAGCCGCGCUGACAGUGCUGCUGGUCCAAACGCUCAUCGUGUGGAACUUCAGCAGUCUGGACACGGGAGAAGACCAAAAAGACAACGGCAGAGAGAAGAGGGACCGAUUCGGCAUCAACAAAGCCUACAGCGAGAACCCGAAGAGCGGCUUCCAGAGGAGGCAUCACCACCCGCCGCUUGGGAAAGCGUCCAUUCGACAAAAACAGCAGCCGGAAGGCUACUACUCGCACCGGCCCAAGGAGAAAGUCCGCGUGGACAGCAAUAAUGAGAACUCCGUUCCCAAAGACUUUGAGAACAUAGACAACAGUAAUUUCGGGGCACGUUCGCAGACACAGAGACAUGCGCUCGGCAAGCACAAACAAGGCCUUCUGGAGAAGGCGCAUGUGCAGCAAAGCCUGAGCAAGAACUCUAAUGAGGUCAUUCAGUAUGCACAGAACAAAGGGAGCUACAAUCAGACGCGCACCGAGCUUCACCGGAGGGCCAAUCCCACCCUUCGUCCUCAGCAAACCCAGCAGCACCGGCACCACCUCCAGCAGGCCAAGCGAUCGGCCACACCCACGGCUGACAUCAAAUACGACCAGCCGCCCAAAUGCGAGAUCAGCGGCAAAGAGGCAAUCUCCGCCCUUUCUCGCGCCAAGACCAAGGAGUGCCGGCAGCAGAUAGUGGAGGUUUACUGCCGCCACAAAGAACGCCAGCUCAUGCCCGAGAAGGUCACCCGUUAUUGCCCCGUAGAGGGCAAAGUGAAUGUGAAUGUGCAAUGGGAGGAGGACUCGAUGGAGACCGUGCCUGUGGUACCGGUGCGGAUAGCCUUCAUGUUGGUGGUCCAUGGACGGGCUUCUCGCCAGGUGCAGCGUCUCUUCAAGGCCAUAUACCACACAUCUCAUUUCUACUACAUUCAUGUGGACCAGCGAUCUAACUACCUGCACAGGCAGAUGGUGGCUCUGGAACGCCAGUAUCCCAACGUCCGGGUCACAUCGUGGCGCAUGUCUACGAUAUGGGGCGGUGCCAGCCUGCUCACCAUGUAUCUGAAGAGCAUGAAGGACCUGCUGGGCAUACAAGAAUGGUCCUGGGAUUUCUUCAUCAACCUGAGCGCUGCUGAUUACCCAAUCAGGACCAAUGAUCAGCUGGUGGCCUUCCUGUCCAAAUACAGAGAUAUGAAUUUCAUCAAGUCUCACGGGAGAGAUAACGCUCGAUUCAUCAGAAAACAAGGUUUGGACCGGCUUUUCUUCGAGUGCGACACCCAUAUGUGGCGGCUUGGAGACAGGAAAAUCCCAGAAGGCAUAUCCGUGGAUGGAGGCUCUGACUGGUUUCUGCUCAACCGAAAGUUCGUGGAUUACGUCAUCAACUCUCAAGACGACCUCGUGACCAACAUGAAGCGUUUCUACGCAUACACACUUCUACCUGCGGAGUCGUUCUUCCACACAGUUCUGGAGAACAGUCCGCACUGCGAGAGCAUGGUGGACAACAACCUUCGCAUCACUAACUGGAAUCGAAAGCUGGGCUGCAAGUGUCAAUACAAGCACAUCGUUGACUGGUGCGGCUGCUCGCCAAACGACUUCAAGCCCUCCGACCUGCCCCGUUUCCAGCAAACCACCAGGCCCACAUUCUUUGCAAGGAAGUUUGAAGCCAGUGUAAAUCAAGAGAUAGUAAACCAGCUGGAUGUCUUCCUGUUCGGAAGUGUGCCGCAGGGCAUGCGGGGUCUCAAGGCCUACUGGGAGAAUGUUUUUGAUGAAGAGGAUGGUAUUCACAGCCUGUCCGACGCACAUCUCACUUACUAUCAUGCCUUCGCCCGAUUGGGUCUGGCACGAACUGGCAACUCGUUACAGGGUAACACCGAUGACAACAGCUGCAGGUAUUAUGCCAUGGGUCAUCCUGUGUCUGUCCACAUCUACUUCCUGUCUGAUGAGUUCCAGGGAUACCUGGUCAGGCAUCACGCCACCAACCUGGCAACAAGCAAACUGGAAACCCUGGAGACCUGGCUCAUGCCCAAACAGUUCUUCAAGUUCACCAAUCCACCCAAUACAUUCAACCGACUGCAGUUCGCAGAGAUUGGAACAGACUGGGAUGCUAAGGAAAGGAUAUUUCGGAACUUUGGUAAAUUGAUGGGACCCAUGGAUGAACCUGUGGGAAUGCAGAAAUGGGGGAAAGGGUCAAAUGUGACCGUGACUGUGGUGUGGAUUGACCCCACCAAUGUCAUCGCUGCCACCUACGAUAUCCUGAUCGACGCCAGUGCUGAAUUCACACACUACAGGCCUCCACUGAACCUGCCUCUGCGGCCCGGCAUGUGGACCGUACGUGUGCUGCAUCGCUGGAGCCCCGUGGCAGAGACGCGCUUUCUCAUCACUCCCCUUACCCACCACAAACACCUGCCUAUACGCCAAGAGGAUGCUUUAAGAACGCACAACGGGCCGGCCAAGAACAGCUAUAUGGAGCAGAGUUUCCACGGCCUGAACCCCAUCCUCAACAUCCCGGUCCACUUGGGUCAGGUAGAGGCAGCCGAGCACAACGCAGAGCUUACGGGGUCUGAGCUGGAGAAAUGGGUGGACAGUCUACUGGGCGACGUGUGGUCAGCUGUGGACGUGUGUUCAACAGGCCCCAGUGGCUGUUCAGUCAUGCAGACUUGCAGGGAAACGGUGUGGAGCUCUCUCAGCCCGGACCCAAAGUCCCACCUGGGCCCACCUAAAACCAACGGACGAAUCAGGUAGCAGCAUUCACUGCCCUGAAGACUCGCCUUCUUUCAUUUCUUAGGCCAUUUUGUUUCUAUUAUUUAUUUUCCAGCAUCGCUCGUGUGAACAUGAGCAGAACGGACCUUUCUUAAACGCAAGACACGGCCCAAGAAAGUGUACGCUGGGAAGUUUUUAAAGAUCAUUUUAAAAAUGUGCACCCUCUGGCUAUCUCAAUCUCUAGCGAUGUGAGUGCUGUCAGGCUUCUCUAUAUUUUAUUUAUUUUAAUUACUGUGAUUGAAUCUUUGUCAACUGGACUUAGCAGGUGAUGCCUAUGUGUAGGUGUUACGACUGAUUGCUGGGAUUGGGAUAUUAAGCACAGAAAGGACCUAAGACCAAAAGGGAGAUUUGUAUAGUAAGCCUCUAUAUUUCAAAUCAAACACACUUUCACCAACCGUGAAAGAUGGAAUGUGUUUUUCAAACUUAACCUUACUUAUUAAAACCAGUGUUUCAGAUCAUAUAUAAUUGUGUUUAGCACAACAUUGCUGGUUUCUU